CUGACGGAGCAGGCAUAAAAAGAAAUUCAGAUUUGAGGAGUCCUCUUAGAAUUGUUAUUUCCCACGUAAUUAAGAACCUAGUGUGUUUUUUCGACCCAUCGGACGAUCGCAAGGGUUCCCGAUCACCAGUUCCUUGUGUAUGGGGUCUGACCUGUUUGGAAUGCUGUGGAAAUCAUUUGAUUAAAAAUCUGGAAAUUCGAAAAAAUUCACUUGAAUUGCUGGCUGGACUGAACUGGGGAGCCGCCAUGGCUGGUGCUUUCGGAUCAUUGAGUCCCCACCUCAGUAUAUGAAGAAUUGUGGUGCUGUUUGAAUGAACAGGAUUUAAAUUUAAUCAAGCACAUUAGAUUUUACUUUUAGUGUUCUAAAUUAUAAGGCUGAAAUAUUGUGAAUCAGUAGGUUAUACGACACCGGUAAAGUUUUUUUUUUUUUUAUCGAGGAAAUUGGGAAAAGGCCAUUUUCAUGAGACAUUUGGGAAUGCAAGACAUUUUGUUGAAGGUGAAGAAGAAGAACGUAGCUAAUAAUCUGGAAGGAUGAAUUGAGAAGACAGUAGAACAGUAGAAGUAAGCUAGGCUACAGGCUAAGAAAACGGUUCGAGACCAUUUUGGGCGGACGGCGAGGUUUCUGGUUUUGUUAUUUUUAAUUAAUACUGUAAUACUGAGACGGUCCUGUUAUUGUUCUGUAAAGUCAAGUGAAGGACCACGCAAAAAUAACGAAAAACAUCUGCAAGUGAAAGACGGAGAGACGGUCUGGAACUGGAAUAUGUCGGGUCGGCCUAGAACCACCUCAUUUGCAGAGAGCUGCAAGCCAGUGCCGCAGCCUUCAGCAUUUGGUAGCAUGAAAGUCAGCAGAGACAAAGAUGGCAGCAAGGUGACCACAGUGGUGGCCACUCCCGGCCAGGGCCCCGACCGGCCGCAGGAAGUCAGCUACUCCGACACCAAGGUGAUCGGGAAUGGCUCGUUCGGCGUGGUCUACCAGGCCAAGCUCUGCGACUCCGGGGAGCUGGUGGCCAUCAAGAAGGUCCUGCAGGACAAGAGGUUCAAGAACCGUGAGCUGCAGAUCAUGAGGAAGCUGGACCACUGCAACAUCGUGCGCCUGCGCUACUUCUUCUACUCCAGCGGAGACAAGAAGGACGAGGUGUAUCUGAACCUGGUGCUGGACUACGUUCCUGAGACGGUGUACCGGGUGGCCAGGCACUACAGCCGGGCUAAACAGACUCUCCCCAUGGUCUAUGUGAAGCUCUACAUGUACCAGCUGUUCCGCAGCCUGGCCUACAUCCACUCCUUUGGGAUCUGCCAUCGGGACAUCAAGCCUCAGAACCUGCUGCUGGACCCGGAGACGGCUGUCCUCAAGCUCUGUGACUUCGGGAGUGCGAAGCAGCUGGUACGUGGUGAGCCCAACGUGUCCUACAUCUGCUCCCGGUACUACAGAGCCCCGGAGCUCAUCUUCGGAGCCACUGACUACACCUCCAGUAUAGACGUGUGGUCAGCUGGUUGCGUGCUGGCGGAGCUGUUGCUAGGGCAGCCCAUAUUUCCUGGUGACAGCGGAGUGGAUCAGCUGGUCGAGAUCAUCAAGGUUUUGGGGACUCCCACGAGGGAACAGAUCCGCGAGAUGAACCCCAACUACACAGAGUUCAAAUUCCCCCAGAUUAAGGCCCACCCCUGGACUAAGGUGAGUCAACAGGUGUUUCGGCCGCGGACCCCCCCGGAGGCCAUCGCUCUGUGCUCCCGGCUGCUGGAGUACACCCCCACCGCGCGCCUCACGCCCCUGGAGGCCUGCGCCCACUCCUUCUUCCACGAGCUGCGCGACCCCAACAUCAAACUGCCCAACGGCCGCGAGAAGCCCUCCCUCUUCAACUUCUCCACCCAAGAGCUGUCCAGUAACCCCUCGCUGACCUCCAUCCUCAUCCCCGCCCACGCCCGAAACCAGGCCGGGGUCUCCACCCCCGCCAACGCCUCCGCCACUUCAGAUUCCAACAUCGGAGAUUGCGUUCAGACCACCAACACUGCCUCUGCCUCCGCCUCCAACACCUGAACGUCCCGCCCACGCCCAGCCGACCCUCCAACCGCCACCCCCACCUAUCCAGGGCCCCGCCCUCCCUGCUGCUUCUAGCCACACCCAUUUCCUGGGAAAAAACCAGGAAUUAACAGAACUGACUGAUUCCCCUUUCGUCUGCUAUAUGUGAUUUCUUUUUUUUUUGCUCUCAAAUUAAAUGACAGUAAUGGGUAUGCUAUCUGCAUACAAGUAUACGUGCAUACUGAAGUAUACGGUAAUAUGCUGAGAAUAUUUUAUUUUUCCCUUGACAAUCAUUUUAAUAGUUUUAAGCAUGAUUGUAGGGCUUUCCUUCUUCCAUCCAGUACUGCUCUCUCAGUGUAGGAAGUGGUCCGUGGUCCACCCCAUAGCCACUGGUGCCGCUCCCCGGUUCUUGUGCACUGACCCUGGGCCAGUCGACAGGCUGCUCUCCUGGUCCUCCGCUAGUGCAUGGCUUGAGUUUGAUUCGGAGAUCAGAGGAGAGUUCACCACCAGUGUUGUUCAUUGGCUCAUUUAAAAAAAGUGCACAUUUUAAGACUUCAAAGCUUAAGACUUCAAUAAUUAUUUGAGAGGUGUAUGACUGUUUUUGGCGUUGAAAGAACAUCACAUUGUACCAUUCAGUGGUAUACAUAGAUGUUUUUUUUCUAAACUACGUAUUUAAAAGCACCCAGUACAGAGGAAGGGACUCUGUAAAGUCACAUCAACCUUUUUUCCUUUUUUUAUGAAUAGCGAGCAGUUAUUUUAUUAUAUUUUAGGGUGGGGGUGGUGUUUGGGAGACCCGGAGCUAAUAAUUGUGCCAUUUAUCUACAUCUGUGUAUUUAUGUGUGUAUGUAUGUAUAUAUGUGUGUGUAUAUAUACGUGCACACAUGCGUACAGUUUCUAUAUUACUUUGCAUCAUGUAAAAUAUAAAUAUAUAUAUCAAAUGUCAGAAGGUUAAAUAGUGCAGCGGCAAUAUUUGCUGCUGCUUAAAGGCGUCGAGGGUGAGUUCCGGAGUGUUCUCUGGAUCGUCAUCUUUCUAGCGACGAUGUUGUGUUUUUACAUUAAUCCCCGUUUUAUUUUGAAUUUUAAUUUUUUUUAGUCAACUGCAUAGAAUUUAAAUGAAUAUUUUACAUCUGCUUUUAGCCUUCUUAUUUAUGACCUUAAUGUGACUUAGAAGCGGAGCGGGCGGGUGUGUUUGUGUUUGUCGGCAGUCGGUGGGUGUGCUGGACUGGAGGGGUGCUCAGCACUCACUCACUGUGGCCCCUGCAGUCUCUCACCCCCGAGACUGCCCCGUUCCAGUGGUUUUCAUAGCACGUGGACUGGAGAGGGGUGUAAAUAAGAAGGUAUGUGUGUAGUUUUUGUGCGGGGGUUGUUUCCGUGGCCUUGGCCUUGGUCCGCCUGGUUCGAGCCCCUCUUCAGAGGCUCUCCGCUCCCCGGUUUCUGAAGGACGCAAAUCCGGAAAGAUCUUCUCCCGAAACCGGGAGGGAACGCGGAAAGACCCGCGGCCCAGGGGAGGGCCUUCCUCCGGAUUACGGAUCUGUGUCUACGGCCGGGCCUCCUGGAGGAGGAGGCUGACAUCAGAAAAACUCCCAUGCUCGUUUUGGACUGAAAAACCUUUGAAAAUGCAUGAAAGCUGGUGCUGCCCCUGCUGGAUAACGCUCCGCUGGGACAGCCUCUGCGUUGGCAGGGUGUAGCUUCACAGGAACACUGGUGUCUCACGGAACGAUGUGACACCCCAACACCCCUCGGCCCUCUUCACCAAACCCGUCUGUCUGAAAUUGCACUCGUUUUUUGGGUUUUUUUUUUUGCUAGAGUUGCUCCCUGGUUGAUUGUGUACAGUUCUGGAGCUGUGACUAAUGUGUACUGUCGCCAUGUCACUGGCUGUGACUGCAUGAAGCCCCAGUUACACUGAGAAAGCAAACCACCGGAACCAGGUUUAGCUGGUCGCCACACCGGAGAACUGAUGUCCGUUCUGCUCUAGUGAUUCCUCUCCAGUGGUCACGUCUGUGUGUUGAACGGCACUGAUUGGUUUGCCGUAUUUCGCCGUCGGAACGCUGCCAUUUCAUGCCAUCGAUCAAGGUCUCUUACAGUUGCCAUUCUGGUGCGACUAACUUAAUUUGUUGACGUGAGCAGUUUAUGCAUUUUGAUUGCUGCAGUCGCUGUACUGUACUGUACUGUCAUUCGCACAGUGUCUGUCGCAGAAGUUGUUAAUGGAGAGGAAAGCGCUGUCACGAUCUGCCAUGAUUACCGUUACGGUUUCUGUUCAUUUCAACCUUUACUUCAUUGUUUUGACAUUGCGCAGAAGCAUUAGCCUGAAGGACUGUAUUGUGCUUCCUACUGGCAGUGGGAAAUUCUGUUUAAGCCACUAAUGAAGGAAUAUGUCUGUUCAUCACUGUUCACCCCCCCCCCCCCCAUCUCCAAGUCAACUGCAUUGUAGUACACCCACCUGUCUUCAGAACAAUCUGCCGACAUGUCUUACUAUGGAAUGAGAGAAAACACUAAAAAGAAAAAUGUGUAUAUAGUUGCUCCUCACCAAAUUCUGGCUUGUACUUAUUUCUUUUUUUCUUUUUUUUUUGUGUAUGGUAUGUAAAUAUGUGGACCCAAGAACUGUUAAUGAGCAAAAAUGAAAACAAAACCAUGAAAAAAAUAUAUGAAAAAAUCCAGGGCAAAUAUAAUUGUUUAUUCUCAAAUGUAGAUUAGCAUUUUUUUCAGCCGUAUAGUUCAGUCUUGACUGUACAGUAGGUACCAGCUAUAUUAUUGUAACAAUAAGUAGUUAUGUAUAGUGUAUCUAUAGUUUGGAGUGCCUUUGCUGCCAUUUGUUCAAUCUCCCGUCUCCCCACCAAGAGCCAUGAUACAACCCAGUCACAACCCACCUCUUCAAAUGCACCACUUCCACAUUUCACACUAGUUUUUGUCAAAACCUUUCUACACACCACCUUUCUUUUGCACCCAUUUGUGUAGGAAUUUGUAAAAUUAUUGAACUGUCACCCAGGCUGGACUACGUCUAGUGUCUCUUCGUUAGAGAACUGUCAUUAUCAGUACUGGGCUGCAAUGGAACACUCUUUCUCUUGUUCUCUCACUCGCUCUCUCUCUCUCUUCCUUUCUCCUGCUCGCUGUCUGAAGUGUGGAAUGUCACUUAUGUAUGUGGUGUUUUUACUUGAAGUUGAUUCCUGCCCCUUACCAAAGUGAGUGGAGACACGGUGAUCCGGGGGUUGAGUGUGAGGCUAAGUCCGAGCCUUGUGUUCUGCACCAGGGACACACUCUAAUUUAACUUAACUCAAGGGGACAAAUGUCAUAUAGCCCACACCACUCCAUAUAUAUUUGCUUGUAAUAUUUGCAUUCAUAAAUGCAUUCAUGUGAUCAUUUCUCAUGACAAAAACUUUAAGAGUAAAUAUAUAUAAAUAUAUAUAAACAUCGAAAUGUAAUUUAAAAAAUGUUUGUAUACAGACUAUCACAUACACGUGAGGAAACGCUGUCUUGAUUCAAAAGAAAAAUAAUAUAACAAAAACAGCCUGUACAUCAUUACAACUACUUGAAUGCCUUUGUUUGUAACUGACCUUUUUAUUUUAUUUUAAAUAUAAACUUUUUCCUGUGAGAGUAUGCUAAAUGUUCCCACUCCCUGUACAUAUGCCCUCUUUGUUCCUCUGUGUGAGUUGGUUCAAAGAAACAGUUACCUGGCACUGUAAUUUGCAUUAAAUAAAUAGUAGAUUAGCCUGAAAAUAAACAA